AUAAAUCUACACACACCUCCAUCUCCGGUCUACACCUACAAACCCAACACCAUGUCUCUGCCUUCCUCCGCCGCUAUGACCGCUUCCUCCGUCUCCUCUCGCAAGGUUUUAAGCAAAAUUGCCACCAAUUGACUUUAGAAGGAGCUUACGGAGUGGCAGAUCAGUCCUCCCUCUGGAUUCACACAUAAAGUCACCGAUAAUCUUCAACGGUGGGUGAUUGAAGUAAAUGGAGCUCAGGGAACUAUUUAUGCCGGUGAAAAGUACCAGCUUCAAGUCGAUUUUCCGGAGAAUUAUCCUAUGGAAGCACCUCAGGUGAUAUUUUUGCAGCCUGCUCCGCUUCACCCGCACAUCUAUAGCAACGACCAUAUUUGUUUAGAUAUUUUAUAUGACUCAUGGUCACCUGCCAUGACUGUUGGUUCCAUCUGCAUCAGCAUUCUGUCUAUGCUUUCAAGUUCUACAACAAAGGAACGCCCAGAAGACAAUGAUCGAUACGUUAAGAACUGUAGAAAUGGUAGAUCUCCUAAGGAGACCAGAUGGUGGUUCCAUGAUGAUGAAGUUUAAAGUAAGAAGGACUGAACAACAUGCUACUUCAUGUCAUAUUCCUGUAAAUGAAGAGCAAAUUUUCUUGCUCGUUUGCUCCAGAAGUAUGGAUGAUUAUGUUUCUAAAGCAGUUUGAUACAUUUAACAUUCUCCAUGGUUACCGGUCAAUAGAGUUAUACUCCCCAUUUCUACCAUAGACUUGUCUUGAUUCUCAGCAUAAUGUUUUACCAAAUCAUAUGUUUGUUGGUUUUGUGUA